AAGAAACUUUAUGGGAAGAAGGACGAAUGUAGAGGGUAAAACAAAUUGAUAAAAAUAUAAGAGUGAAAUGCUAGAUACAAGUGAAAUCUUUAGAGUUAAAUCACAUGGCUCCACUGCAAUCGUGAAAUCGUAGUUACCGUAUUCCAUACGUGCCGGAUCUUUGUUUUUACUACUUCGGGUGGGGGAAAAAUCGAUAAAGACAACCGAGAAUUUUUUGGUAUCCAUUGCUGUGGGGCUGUGGCCUUUAAAACUGGCAGAAAUCCCCAACAGUUUGGCAGGCGUAGACAAUGAAUGCUGGUCCAUCAAAGGCAAUCUAGACAAAGCUUCUAGAAUUUCAUUAUUUAUACUCAAUGUGCAUGAAUCAUUGAAAUUAUAUGCAAUGUUUCUAGAAAAAGUAUCUUCAGAAAGAAGGAUCUGUCAUGGAAACUAUAAAGGUUUAGAACACCAUCUGUCAUUGAAUCACGCAAUUCUUUUUCCAUGACAGAGCGAUGGCAAUUAAUAACUGAGAAAAAUGUUACUUAAGUAAUAAUAAAAACGCAAAACGUUUUAAUAUAAAUGCUCUUAAGGAAGUCUUUAUCGACCAUUCAGUCAUAAAAGGUGGUUUUUUUUCUGUUUGUACUCGAAAAAUUGUAUUCUACAGGACACUGUUACUGAUUUUUUUCUAUCGUUUCUUUUCGACAAGAAAUAAGCAAAAGAGCCAUUAGGUGGCGUUGACUAGAGGUCUUGGAAUAAUGAAUCCACUUUUCAAGCACUUAAAACUCAAGCAUUUUUGUCAUUCUUAAUUAAAUUUUUUUGGUUCUAGACAGCUUAAAAUCGGCCAUGUUAUUAUUUCUUCUAAAAUGUUUCAAGAGAAGCGCCUCAAAAAUUUGUAAUGCCUGACCUGGUUGUACGUUGUACUGGUAGAUACGCAGCGGCCUUAUGAUGCAGUAGGCUAUGCUACCAUAGCACACCGUUUUUCAUAGCUUGAGGGAGAAUAACAAGUGUGUUUCUCGGAGACAGAGAAAACGAUUCAACUGUGUGGCUUGCACUUUGUCUUUCAAUAAGCUCAAAAAGCUCGAAACACUGCGAAUUAGAUAUAUCUAAAACGAUUACCAUUUAUUAAGCAAGAAAGAGGGGUACUUCCAGUUUUAUUUUCUAGACUGUACGUUAAAAGCGAAAUUUUCAGCGAACAGUUCAGUUUUCGCCUACGUACACAGCUCGUGAAAAAGCGUCCACAGUUCGUUGGUGUUUUUUCGUAGUGAGAGAUUCUGGUGUCUUUCAGUUUCCUUCUUUUUUUUGUGACUCGGUCAAGCAAUUGUGAAACAAAACAAAGAGAAAAUUUACAGACUUGGAACAUGAAUGGUUUUAGUACGGGUUCGGGUGAGGAGGAUUCGCGUGAUUCCAAAAGAAGCCAUGAUCAACACUGCUGCCUGAUCGAAUUUGAUCAGAUGAUUGACGAUGGCGGACGUUGUCCUAGAAUGGCAGGAAAUGCUUCGUACAGUAAACGGAUUCAAAAAACUGUGCAGCAAAGGAAACUCCGGCUACAUAUGGACUCUUCUGCCAGACAUAUUUAUAUUUGUGAUUACCACAAGAGCUUAAUUCAAUCAGUUCGGGUACGGCAGCGUAAACGGAAGGAUUCCGAAGACGAUUCUAACGAAACAGAUAGGGACACACUUAGUCUUCAAGAAAGAGAGCGUGAUACUCCCGAAGUUGAUCUUUUUCAACUUCAGAUAAAUACGCUCAGGCGCUAUAAGCGACAUUACAAAGUACCCACCCGACCAGGCCUCAAUAAAGCACAACUGGCAGAGACACUGAUGCGACACUUCCGGACAAUUCCCGUGGUAGAGAAGGAAGCCCUGCACGCAUUCCUGUUCACUGUCAAAUCUAAUAAAAACAAACUCGAUCUGAAACCUAAUAAUGACAACUUGUGAAACCGUGGUCUGUUCAUGCUUCAACCUUCCCCCAGUGCAAAUCACGUUAAAGCACGUUUAUCUUCGAAUUACUUAACUAGCGAAAGGAUGAAACUCAAAAUAUACGUGCGUCUGUUGUUUUCUCCUUGGCGUGUUUUAAUUAUUAAUUUAACCUUGUAAAUUCAAAUACAUUCGAACGAAAGGUUUCAUUGAA